AUGGCUCCCGCUCCCCGUGUCUACUCCAAGACCUACAAGGUCCCCCGUCGUCCUUUCGAGUCCGCUCGUCUUGACUCGGAAUUGAAGAUUGUCGGCGAGUACGGUCUGCGCAACAAGCGUGAGGUGUGGCGUGUCCAGCUCACCCUCUCCAAGAUUCGUCGUGCUGCUCGUGAGCUCCUUACUCUCGAUGAGAAGGACCCCAAGCGCCUGUUCGAGGGUAACGCCCUGAUUCGCCGUCUUGUGCGCAUCGGUGUCCUCGACGAGUCCCGCAUGAAGCUCGAUUACGUCCUUGCCCUGAAGGUUGAGGACUUCUUGGAGCGCCGUCUCCAGACUUGCGUCUACAAGCUUGGCCUCGCCAAGUCUAUCCACCACGCCCGUGUCCUGAUCAAGCAGCGCCACAUCCGCGUCGGCAAGCAGAUCGUCAACGUCCCCUCGUUCAUGGUCCGCCUCGACUCCCAGAAGCACAUCGACUUCUCCCUCACCUCGCCCUUCGGUGGCGGCCGCCCCGGCCGUGUUCGCCGCAAGAAGGCCGCCGCCGCUGCCGGUGGUGACGGUGACGCCGAGGAGGAGGAUGAGGAGUAA